CUAAAAUUCCAAAAUGCUCCAGUCAACCCCAAAACCCAGUCAAUUUUCUUCUAAAAUUCCUAAACCAGAACUAGAAAGUCUACUCUUUCAGACUGGAACCUGUGUUAAGAAGUACGAACAGAUUGUGGGAGAGUUAAAGGAGGGCAUUCAAGAGGUUUUAGAAAACAAAGAUAAGCAACAAGCCUGAGUCCUGAUGAGGAAGAUUAAGACUUGUUAUCAAGAAAUCUGUGAAUUUGAUGGAAUCAGGCUGCAUUUGGAUUCUAUGUUGCUCGAUCUUGAGAGUGGCAUGAUGGGGCCUGAUUUAUACAAUGCUAUUAAAGCAGGACAAAAAAAGUUAGCACAAAUUAAAUUUUAUAAAAAAUUGAAGAUACAGACUCAAGAAUUGAAGAAAUUGAAAAAUUAUCUCAAGAUUUUGUAGAAGAGGAUAUUUCUAAUUGUGAUGAUAUUUUUGCUGAGCUCCAAGAAGAACUAGAAAUUGCUACCCCUUGCAACUGUUUUCAUUUAAAUCAACCUAGAGUAGACGAAUCUUUAACUGACAGGUAUCCAAUUAUUUUUACCCAUUAACACAACUUCAAAAUUAAUCAAAAAUCAAAAUUAAUUCUUCUAAGAUAUAUCACUAAAUCCUAAAUUCUAAUAACCAAGCAAAGACUCUAAAAAUGCCCCUAAAUUCAACUUUACUGCAAAGCCCCAAUCUCAAAAUUACACACAAUUUUUUUUAUUACUGAUCAAGGUUUCCUAUUCCUUGAACCCCCUGAAGCCAAUAAGAGCUUUUCUUAUAACUUAACCUCUCAUCUCUCUCUAUGCAUGUAACAUUUCUCUUUUAUAACUCCAAAGAAUAAGCAACAAAAAGAGGCAGAGAUGGCUCAAGAAGAGGAAGAUCUCCUAGCUGAACUCAACUAGAAGCUCUAGCUGAGUUUCUGAUCCUGCAGUUAGUGUUU